UACUUGUCAAGAAAGAGAUGAUUACUUUCUUCUCAAGCAAAUCAAGUAACUUCUUGAGCUUCUUGGUUAAUGCAAGUAUGCAACAUAGUCAGAGAGAAUCUUUAACCUUGUCAAGUUACAGUGACCCUCCUCUUCAAAUGGGCAAAUUUGUUUUCUUUUUUGCUUUUAUCACUUUCACAAGCUCGUAAAACAGAGCACCUCGUGUUCCUCGUACCCAAUCCUUCUCUCUCUGCAACAGGUCCACUACACACACUGAAAAUAGCACCACUUUUUUCCCGCCAAAAAACAAAAGCUGCUUCUUACAACCAAACUACUCUUCUCCUCCUCCUCCUCUAUGUUCUUGUUCACACAUCACAGAGAGUUAAAAGAUGAACAGCUCCUCGAAGGUGAUAAUGGCAGCUACAAUGGUCAUGGUAGUAAGCUUAGUCAUGGUUUUAAGCUUAGUAUUAGUACUUCUAGCUGAACUCUACUGCUCUCUCUUACUCCGCCGCCGUCGCCACAACUCUCUCAGCCUCCCCAUCACUACGACGGUCUCCACCGCCGCCGGCGCAACAACCACCACAACUCUCAACCAAGUCAUCUCCACCACAAGUAACGAACCUUCACCGUCACCAUCAUCUAACAUCGAUUCUUUAUCCAAUCCUCUCUACACAGGCGUUCUUCAAACUCCAAACAAAACCCAUUUUCACCAUGAACCAUCUUUACAAGCUUCUCUUGAUCUGAUUCAAGAAACCACGGCUUCUUCUGUUGAUAACUUCAUCUACAUAUCAAACCCAAUUUACUCAAACGAAGCUACAAGUAAACAAACCACACCGUUUGAAACACCUCAGUCUUCACCGUCACGGCUUGAAGAUGAUGAAGACGACGACGAUAUAACCGAUGAAGAUUCAACACCAACAUUGUCUCCAAUGAAAGAUCUGCCUGAAAAGGCAUGCUCUGUUUCACUAAAAGAUGUUGAAACUUCUCCUAGUGGUGAUGAAUCCAACAGUAAGAACAAGAAAAAUGGUGAGUCGUCUUCGUCGUCUGGUUCGCCGUAUACCUCACCGUCGUGGUAGGGUUUUUAUCGUAAUUCUUUUUAGGAUUUUAUUUGAUUUUUUGUCUUUUUACAUUUUAAUUUUGUUUUGUUUUGUUUGGAGUGUUCUUGGAAUGUGUAUGUUUUGUGGACAUAUGGCUCGAUGACCAAAGCCACGCUUGCUUUCACAUAGUUUCCUACAUCUGUCGUUUUCUGUGUUCUGAUUCUCUAGCUGUCCUUUCUGUUUCUGGUA